AUGACCCUACAGUAUGGAGGUGUUCGGCCGUCUGGUCAGAGAACUAACAACACUGCACAGGGCAAGGUCAGCGAGCUCCGCAUGGAGCUGCAGGGCGGUGGCAAGAAGGAUAAGAACCACUCUGCGAAGAAGAUUACGUUGAAGAAGAUAGUCGCCAAUAUGACCAUGAGCAAUAAUGAUAUGAUUGGCCUCUUCCCGGACGUUAUCGGUUGUAUGACGAUACCGAGCUUGGAGAUAAAGAAAAUGUGCUUCCUAUUCCUCGUUAAUUAUUCUCGGACGAAGCCGGAGGUUGCGUUGAAGGCGUUGCCAUUGCUUCUCGCAGAUAUGAAUGAUGGUAACCCUUUAAUUCGAGCACUGGCCCUACGCACGAUAUCAUACAUCCAUGUGAGAGAUUUUGUCGAAGCAACAGUCCAACCAUUGAAACACUUAAUGUCCGAUGCAGACCCCUAUGUGCGCAAAACAGCUGCCUUUGCAGUCGCCAAGCUAUACGACCACGAUAGAAGGCUGGUUGAGUCGUCCGACCUGAUUGAGCGGUUGAAUAAUAUGCUUCAGGAUGAGAACCCAACGGUUGUGUCAAGUGCUUUGGCUGCUUUGGUAGACGUCUGGGAGCGAAGUGAAUCUAUCACUUUGACCAUUGACUAUACCAAUGCUUCCAAGAUUAUCUCCAUUCUGCCGGAUUGCUCCGAAUGGUGUCAAACAUACAUACUCGAAGCAUUGAUGUCUUACGUCCCCCGAGAGUCCUCCGAAGCACUCCUUCUGGCUGAACGAGUGGCCCCACGUCUCUCCCAUUCCAACUCCUCCGUCGUCUUGACGUGCAUCCGUGUCAUAUUAUAUUUUAUGAACUACAUUGCAGACGAAAAACAGGUCACAUCACUUUCCCGAAAGCUCUCGCCGCCUCUCGUCACAUUACUGUCAAAGGGGCCCGAAGUCCAGUACCUGGCGCUACGAAAUGCAAUUUUGAUAUUACAAAGGCGACCGGAGGUGCUGCGGAAUGACAUCAGAGUGUUCUUUUGCAAAUAUAACGACCCCAUUUAUGUUAAGGUGACCAAGUUAGAGUUGAUCUUUAUGCUGGCAUCCAAGGAUAAUAUCUCAGUGGUCCUGACUGAACUUCGAGAAUACGCCACAGAAAUCGACGUUCACUUCGUACGAAAGGCUGUACGCGCAAUUGGAAAGUUAGCAAUCAAAAUAGAAUCUGCAUCACGACAGUGUAUCGAGACCUUGCUCGAGCUUGUCAAUGCUAAAAUUCCUUAUAUCGUGCAGGAAGCCACGGUUGUGAUCCGCAACAUCUUCCGCAAAUACCCAAACCAGUAUGAAUCAAUCAUUACCACAGUUAUUCAGAAUAUCGACGAGCUGGAUGAACCUGAGGCCAAGGCUGCCGUGAUAUGGAUCAUUGGCCAGUACGCAGACAGAAUUGACAACUCGGACGCUUUCCUGCAGGAUUACCUGGCUACUUUCCAUGAUGAGCCGGUGGAAGUGCAACUAGCUCUACUCACAGCCACAGUCAAAUUAUUCAUCCAGCGUCCCACAAAGGGUCAAGAAUUGGUUCCUCAGGUCCUCAAAUGGUGCACAGAGGAGACAGACGAUCCCGACCUUCGAGACAGAGGCUUUAUGUACUGGCGGCUACUAUCCACGGACCCAGAAACAGCUAGGAAAAUCGUCAUGGGUGAGAAGCCUCCUAUUACAGCUGACAGGGAGAAACUGGACCCGAGGACACUCGAGGAACUGUGCCUAAACGUCGGAACUCUUGCUACCGUCUAUCUUAAGCCCGUCCAACAAGUCUUCCGGCUAGCCAGACCGAAACGACUCGCUCCAAGCCCCGCGCUCCAACAACCCACCUAUCAAGACUCCCACGAUACUCCAUUCCAUAUACCUCUUUCUACCCUUCUAUCUCCCAGUCAGGAACCUGAAGCAAAUGCUCAAUCUAACUCAUCAAACCCCGGCAUGGCCCAGAAGCCAGAUAUAAGCGCUGCUGUGAAUGCUGCUGACGUUUACUUUGCUGGAAUCGGUAACGACCAAGUAGCUGACCAAAUGGCAGCUAUGAGCCUAGGUGGUGGUGGCGUUCAUGGUGGUGAUAUGGUUGCGACCGCACCAGAGAGCCAGUACAUAGUGAGCCAGAACCAACAGCAGGCCUAUCAACAUAAUAUGGGCGGUGCUACAGGAGAGGUACUCCUCAUAUAA